AGGCAUUUUUCCGCACUACUUUCUCAGACCCAGCAGUUUACGGGCGCACUUUGUCCACGUCGAAGUAAACGUUGCUUUGGGCCGUAAACCCAUCAACUAACCGGUGAAAAUGCGUGAGUGCAUAUCUGUUCACGUUGGACAAGCGGGCGUCCAGAUCGGCAAUGCCUGCUGGGAGCUCUACUGCCUGGAGCAUGGCAUUCAGCCUGACGGCCAGAUGCCCAGUGACAAGACGAUCGGCGGAGGCGACGACUCCUUCAACACAUUCUUCAGCGAGACCGGAGCCGGCAAGCACGUGCCCCGCGCUGUAUACGUCGACCUCGAACCCACGGUUGUCGACGAAGUCCGUACCGGCACCUACAGGCAGCUGUUCCACCCCGAGCAGCUGAUCACUGGCAAGGAGGAUGCAGCAAACAACUAUGCUCGCGGCCACUACACGAUCGGCAAGGAGAUUGUGGAUCUGGUGCUGGACCGGAUCAGGAAGCUGGCAGACCAGUGCACGGGACUGCAGGGCUUCCUCAUCUUUCACAGCUUUGGAGGUGGCACCGGCUCGGGCUUCACCUCGCUUCUCAUGGAGCGCCUCUCGGUGGACUACGGCAAGAAGUCCAAGCUCGAGUUUGCCAUCUACCCAGCCCCACAGGUCUCCACAGCAGUCGUGGAACCCUACAACUCCAUUCUCACCACUCACACCACUCUCGAGCAUUCAGACUGUGCUUUCAUGGUCGACAACGAGGCAAUCUAUGACAUAUGCCGGCGAAACCUCGACAUUGAAAGGCCCACCUACACGAAUCUCAACCGGCUCAUCGGCCAGAUCGUUUCCUCUAUCACUGCCUCUCUGCGGUUCGAUGGUGCCCUGAACGUCGACCUGACGGAGUUCCAGACCAACUUGGUGCCCUACCCUCGCAUCCACUUCCCCCUCGUCACCUAUGCUCCUGUCAUCUCUGCCGAGAAGGCCUACCAUGAGCAGCUCACUGUUGCUGAAAUCACAAACGCCUGCUUUGAGCCUGCCAACCAGAUGGUCAAGUGUGACCCCCGUCACGGAAAGUACAUGGCCUGCUGUCUCCUGUACCGAGGGGAUGUUGUGCCUAAGGACGUAAAUGCAGCCAUUGCGGCCAUCAAGACCAAGCGCACGAUCCAGUUUGUGGACUGGUGCCCUACUGGAUUUAAGGUUGGCAUCAACUACCAGCCCCCGACUGUUGUACCCGGUGGCGACCUCGCCAAGGUCCAGCGUGCUGUGUGCAUGCUGUCAAACACAACAGCCAUAGCAGAGGCUUGGGCACGUCUCGACCACAAGUUCGACCUCAUGUAUGCCAAGCGGGCAUUUGUCCACUGGUAUGUCGGCGAAGGCAUGGAGGAAGGAGAGUUUUCCGAAGCCAGGGAGGACUUGGCUGCCCUCGAGAAGGACUACGAGGAGGUCGGCAUCGACUCUGCAGAGGGUGCUGAAGAUGAUGGUGGGGAGGAGUUUUGAGGAAAGGCGUCCUUGCCCGCCUGCUCGGGGCCAUGGAAUAAAAGAGCAGUUGUCAUUGCCCGAGA